AUGGCGAUCUGCAAGAGUGAGGAUGUCGAACAGUCUAUUUCGGAGAGUCAAAAUUUUGAGUUGAAUGAGACCAACGGCAGCCGUUCAGAUCUUGCCAUCCAAGAUGAUGUACAUUUUCCAGAUGGUGGUGUCAAAGCUUGGCGUACCGCUCUUGGUGGGUUCCUGGCAUUCAUUGCCAGCAUUGGUUUCAUGAGCGGUGGCUCCAUAUUCCAGAGCUACUACAUUACAACGACGCUGUCCUCAUCGGACCCUUCCGACAUUGCCUGGAUUGGGAGUGUGCAGCUCUGGGGUUGCUUUUUCUUUGGGAUUUGGGCCGGUAGGUUGUCUGACAAGUAUGGACCAGCCUUGCCCCUUGGGGUGGGAACCUUUUUUAUGGUUCUUGGCACCAUGAUGGCUUCUAUUUCGAAGAAGUACUAUCAGUUCCUAUUAUCCCAGGGAUUUUGCGAGGCAUUAGGAAUGGGCUUGAUCUUCACACCGGCUCUAGCAGUCCAGUCACAGUGGUUUUUGAAAAGACGCGGCUUUGUUGUUGGAGCCGUCAUGUCGGGCCAAAAUGUAGGAGGAAUAAUUUGGCCCGUGAUGGCCGAUAAGCUCCUCAAUUAUGAUGGAGUGUCAUUGGGCUGGACGCUACGCAUAAUUGGCUUCAUGCAGCUGGGUUUGAUGAUUGCUGCCACUCUAUUAGUCCAGCCGAGAUUUCCGCGGAUCUCGGAAUAUGAUGUGCUCCCUGUGAGACGAUAUUUUACCGAUAAAAGGACUAUCAUGUUUACGAUCGCAUUUAUCAUCAUGGAUUUGGGGAUUUAUAUCCCGUGGUUUUAUAUCACUCCCUAUGCAAUGCAAAGCGGUGCCUCUGCGAGUCUCUCUUUCUACACCGCAGCAAUCCUGAAUGGCGGCGCGUUUUUGGGAUGUUAUGCCUUGGGAAUUAUAGCGGACUCCGGAUGGGGUUUUUUUAAUUCUCUCACAGUGACCACUUUUGCAUGCGCGGUGGUCGCCUUCGCAUGGAUUGGUGCACAACACAUUGAUGCCAUCAUUGUGUGGGCUGUAAUGUACGGCGUUUUGUCCGGUGCUCUUCAAGCCAUAUUUUCACCAUGUUUAUCUCUCCUGGCACCUACGCCAGAGGUGAUUGGGUCUUGGAAUGGUAAGCGACUUUAUUACUCUCUUUGA